CUUUCAUAGUAGUUGUUCCUUCUCUCCCGCUCUCAGUCAGGAUAUAGGUGUUGUCCACUGCAAAGGAAGGAAAUUCUGUCACUUAGAACAAUGGGCCUGUUUCUCUAACUAUAGACCCAGAGAAGCCGAGGUCUACGGAGAGCGAGUACGGCCUGUCUAAAUUGUCUGGGAAAAAAAAGAUUUCAGAGUUUUUUAUACUAAUAAGAACAUGUCUGUAGAUGGCAAGAAUUAGAAAAGCACACGAGUAGAAAUGUGACGAACCGAAAAAUGGAAUUUCAACACAGAGAAAGGAAAAUACUGAGGAUUGUUAGAUUACUUUGAACUGCGUAUUUGAUUUUAAGGGACUAAAAUUAAACUCCAGAAGGAUCAGAAGUUACUGUGGAUGGAGGGGUCGGGCAGUCCUCGAGUCAGAAAGCUUCAUUUCCCAGUAGGUCUUUGGAUUAAUUCCCCCAGGAAACAUUUUGCAAAGCUGGGGCGCCGCUGGCCCAGUGCUGUUUCUGUCAAGUCAACCACCAGCUCUGACGCGACCUCCCUCCACGAGGCCCCCUCUAUUCCUUCCUCUUCCCUUUCUAACUCCACUCCCUCGCUGGCUUCCCCAAACCCGUCGCCGUCUCCAUCCCCGGCCUUUCUCAGGCCUCGGCCCGCUGCGCCCCAGUCGCGCGCCAAGCGUCUUUCCCACCUCUUCCUGCGGGGGCGCUCCAACAGCGACCGGGACCGAGUGGUGGGGGAGAGGGAGAGAGAGCUUUGGGCCGCCUCUUCCACUCACCAUUAUCUGCCCCCAGCCACUUCUUCUGCUCCGGGCCUUAUCAAGAUCUAUGGAGAUGCUCUAUCCAGUGGCGCAAACUAUCGCUCCCUGCUGGCUAACGUUCACUCUACGGCCAGUCAACUCAUCGCUCAGGUUAUCACUCGCUACACCGAGAGGGAACGAGAGGAGACAGAUGACGCAGUUCUCCAGAAACACAACCCUGAAGACUUCCUGCUGUGUGAUGUCAUCGGAAAGCCCAUCCAGCAGCCAGAUGGAACUAUCAAGUGGGAAAUGGAGUCUCGCAGAAAUGUAGCCCCAUGGGAGUGUCCCUUGUUGUUGGCUGACAUGUGGCGGCCCAAGGAUGGAUUCGAGCGGCGCUUUGAAAUUCAGAGGAAGGAAGACUAUGAAAGAGAGGAGAAGGAGCGGGAGAGCUACCAAGGUGUGCGCUGGAGGCGAAGCAGGAUGUCGUCAGGGGGCACGGCGGAGGAGGCCGAACGCGGCCACCGCGGAAGGAACUCAGAGCUCAGGAGGAGCAUCAGUGACAUGAACCUCAGCCUCAGGCGCCGCCAAGGCAACCAUGUGACCAACGACCCCCGUGGAGGUGGCAACCGGCCCGCGAACAACAACGGAGCGGUGCAGGAUAGGAAAAACAUUGUGAGCAUGAUCAACCCGCAGCAAGGAGAGGUCAGAGCAUCAAAAACCGAGGGAAAGGUCGGCUGGACGCACCAGCCGCCCGAGGAAGAAAAAGACUACACAAACUGUGACCUGGAGAUGAUGUCCCAAAGUUUGAUCCUUCCGCCUACGGACCGACCUUACUUCCUGUUGCUGCAGGGUUACGACCAGAGCAAGGAUUUUGUUUUGUAUAUUAUGGCGGGACAUACGCACGUGUUUGGGAGAAAGCCCACAUUAAGGGAGAGGGAGAAAGACAAAGAAAGAGAGAGGAAAGGGAAGAAGCCCCUCAAGGUGGAUACGUUCCUGUCGGCACCUGACCUCUUGGCCAGGCACUUACUCGUGAGGAGGGAUUCUGCUGUUCCCGAAACUCCUACUGGGCGAGCAUUAAUACGACCAUUCCGAGGAGGUGCCGUCACCCACAACGGGGUGGCUCUCUACAGGGAAACCGUUCUAAAAUCGGGCGAUGUCGUUGGUCUCGGAAACCACUUCCUUUUCUUGUACCGUGACCCCCGCGUCUCCCCGGUUGCGCCUUUGGCGCUGACGCUGCAGUGUCACUCGGAUGACUCGCACCCCUGCUGUUCCUCGGGGUUGGUGGACAAACAGGAGGCACUGAGGCACUACUUGGGAUCCACGGAAUCGGUUUUAAAGUUCCAUCCUCGGAAUGCUGAUGCCUUGUUGCAGGAGAUACUAUCAAAAAACUCCUCUCCUGACUCCGGAGGAGGACCUUUGGCGCCGGCGUAUCUGCUGUCAAUCAUGAUUGACCACGCCUCCAAGCGCCUCGACCCUGCGUUAACACCGCAAAUCUUACUUAAGGCUGCCAACCAGAUCAAAGAAAUUGUCUGGGAUAACAUUAAGGAAUUUGGGGAUAAGCAUCCCACGCAAAAUUCCAACGAGCCGGAAGAAGAGAUUAGUACAGCCAAUGUCCAGAAGUUGUCAUCUGACCUUCGACCUCUGAUGUUCUGGAUGUCCAAUGCAACCGAGCUCCUCAACUUCUUUCAGGUUAAAGUGGAGGUCAUGGAGAAAGAGUGGGAAUUUGAAGCCCCAGGGGAUCCAGUGUUGACAGCCGACAUGGACACAUGCUCGGAAGCUCUUGCUCAACUCGAUGAUGUCAUCAUGCACACCUUCCAGCAAUGUGUUUAUCACCUAACAAAGACCCUCUACUCCCUCCUUCCUGCAUUGCUGGACACCAACCCUUUCUCCAGAGAGGAGAAGGAGAAGAAGGCUGGCGCACAGGAAGCGGAGGGAAAGGAGAAAGCAGAAGAGGAGGUGGAGGACGUCACCACCCUGCCACCAAAAGUGGCCGGAUUGGUGGAAGUCUAUCGCUCGUCCCUAACGCUCUCAAGAGAAGCUUGCCUGUCCCCACCGCUCACGUCCCAAACGUUUGGCUACCUCUUCUUCUUCACCAACACUUCUUUGCUCAACACCUUGUUAGAGAGAGAUGGGCUUUUCUCGUGGUCCCGAGCAGUGCAGAUCCGCACAAACCUGGACUUAGUUCUGGACUGGCUCCAGGGGGCGGGGCUUGGAGACAUUGCCUCUGAGUUCAUGAAGAAACUGUCAGUCAUAGUCAACUUUUUAUGUAUUCCCAAGACUCGUCUUAUCCAGUCCUCCUGGAACAGUUUACUAGAGGAUCACGCCUUGCUAAGCCCUGCCCAACUACAUCACCUACUCACUCAUUACAAAUUAGGACCAAGCAGAGCCCCCCCAGCUUGUUGGGCUCCCCCACCUGGCACGGAGCUAAGUGGAGACAUAUUUGAGAGCUUCCUGGACCACCCUCCUCUCAUCCUGCCAAAUGAGACCCCUCGCCUGGACCUCUCCAAACCGGUGCCGAGCCCGGACCUCCAAAAGGAAGUGACGCGUCUUCGCAACUUCUUGUGGGGGCUCGACCAGGACGAGCUCCCGGCCAAUCAGAGGACUCGGCUUUAAGAUUUAUGGAUUUCGCGUCAAACAAAACAAACAAGUAUCCAUAUAAAUUUAUAUAUUCUAUUUGAUUUGUCCAAGUACUGUAAGAGGAAUAUGCCCCAAUAUACCUUCAAAGAAAUGCUUUAUACUUUUUUCAGUCUUACACACUGUAUAAAAAAAGAACGUUGGCUGAACUUGAAAAUGCAAAUUAACCAAUUUAACUUGAAUUUUCAGGUUUUGAUAGAAAACGUAAAAAGACACAUUAAUGUCGUGAACUCAACUAAACUCAAGUAAACUGGACUUCAGUUAAGUAGUUUGAACCUAACAUUUUAUUUGAACUGGACUUCAGCUAAAACAAAUUGCUUUGAACAUUUUAUCUAAAUUGGAAUUGGAUUAGGGCUGCAGCUAUCGAUUAUUUAAGUAAUCGAUCAAUCUAUCAAUUAGUUCUUAUAAUCGAGUAAUUGGAUUAGGAACGUUUAAUGCGUUGCAGAAUAAAUUUUAGGAGAUGUAAAACAAAGGCUUGCGAAGAUUGCACUUUUAAAAGAGCAUUAAACACAAAAUAAAAUUCCCGAGUGUUUCUUCAAACUGCAAAAUUGCAUUUUUAUUUAAAAUUAAAUUAAAAUACCUGAGCUUAGCCUCAAAUUGUAUUUUUAAAAAAAAUGAGGAUCUAAGUACAACAAAAGAACAAUUGGCUAACUUGCAUAGCAAAAGUCAGUUACCUUAAAUGCUAUAAAAUGCUGUUGUUGUUUUUUUUUAACAAUACUCUUAAUCGUUCAAACACAUGUUCCCACAAAGAACGCUAAAUAAACCUAUAAACCAAAUUACAAAUGCAUAAAAACACAUAUUAGCCUAUUUCAGUCUUAACAGGGAGCAGCUGGAUUGAGCCAUGUUAAAUGAGUUAUGUCAUAUUCACUGUUGCCACUAGAGGGCAGUGUAUCCACCCAUAUCAAUAAAAUUAAAUGCAAACACUUUCAAAACAAACCAAUAUAAUGCCACUCUAAUUAAACGAAUAGUCAAAGCAGUAAAAUUUGAUCCGAAGCUUCUUUCUAAUCGAAUUACUCAAGUUAAUCGAUUAAUCGUUGCAGCCUUACUCCAGUUUAAGUAAAUUUAUAAUAAUUUGCUCCAGUUAUGGAUUAAACUCCUAGCUGCAGCUCUGGCAGUGGAGCGUCCUGACAGCUGAGCUAAACUCUUUUGAAGGCUAACGCUAAGUUUACACAACUUAUUUUCAAGUUCAGCCCACAAACUUGAUCAUACAAGUUAAUUCAAUUCAUUUUAUCAAGUUCACAAUAUUAACUCGAUGAAAUGAGUUCAGAAUGCUAAAAAUAGCAAGUUGCUAAAGAAAACUUCUGACCAAAAAAGCAGUAAAAAAAAUUUACAGUGCAUGAUUGUAUCAAGUAAAACUACUUGUUCUUAAUAAAAUCCUUAAUUCUACUUUUUUUCGUAUGAUUUUUCCCCAAACAACGGCUUACAGUGCUUUGACAAGCUCAUAGACAAUAGGCUUUCCACAAGGUGGCGCUGCAAGACCCAUUCCCCCUCAUACACGCAAUGCUGAGUCUGCAUACAGAAUUGCUUAACUAAGGAGGCCAUCAUACAGCCACAUAAUCACAAACGCCAAAGGCACAAUUCUCAUUUCCUGUCAUAAUGAUCGCGUUUAACGUCAACUCAUGAGUCAAUACAACAAAUGAUGAUCAGACAAAGUCCCCACCGAAGCAAAUGAUCGUAAAAUCGGUCAGGCUAAAAAGUGCAGAGGUAAUUUUUAAUUUCCCUUCAAUUGAUGUGACACACUUCAGUGGUUUCCCAUUUCAUUCAUGUGGUAAAGUCCCCUUGAUGAUGUCCGAGCACUAGAAGAACGGGCAGGUGGUGCAAAUAUCAUGGCCUCACAUGACUAAGAGCUAUGCACGGACUUGUUGAUGCACCCGGUCUCUGUCAUAUCCAGUUAAGUCCACAAACUUAUCGAAGAGCAGGCCAAAGAAAACAAUGCAUCAGCGUCUCUGUUUGGAGGCUGAAGCUCUCUGACGUCGCUGCAAAGUUAUUGUUCUGCGACGCUGGCUUCCGCCCAGACCGGUUUCCUCUCUUCCAGUGAACUUCUCGCACAGUUACGGUAAAACACUGAAGAAAAAAAGAACGUCACUAUUGCCGAGGGAUGGUAGCCUAUGAGCCAACUUCCGCCCCCUUGUCUACUAUUUGCAUCAGCACUGUUGCCCCCUGGUCUUGUCUCCCCACAAUUCUCACCGUCCAGACAUUCCAGAAACAGGAUUUGUUGCUAGCUGAUGGACACUGCUUCCACUACAUGGCCGUUCCACUAAGUAGUUUUCAAAAAUGCGACAAAUACUUCCCACAUUAAAACAAACUGACAACCACGGAAUCAAAUUUCCUGAGCAUUGCCAAACUACCAUCAAGUUUAUUAAAGAACUGGACAAAACUUCAUUUGCUUCCUGGCAUUGCCAGACGAUAUAAAUUCAAAGUUUUUCCCAGUCUUUAAACUGAUGUAUUUUGCAGGUGAAACUAGGCCUUUUAUAGACAAGUUUGCUGAGUAAAGCACAUAAGUCCAUCUUUGACAAUUUCUGCUCCGAACUUCCGGUUUAGACUAAGGCUGUCAAAUUGUUCGCGUUAACGGGCAGUUAUUAAUUUUUUAUAAUUAAUCAUGUUAAAAUAUUUAACGCAAGCGCGGAACGACCCACUCAUGCAUUGCCGCAAACAGACUACCGUAUUGGC